ACCGCCAGAUUUUCUACGGCUCUUCGAAGAAGCCGAUCACCAUUUCGUGUAGAGUAUUGUCCUCUCGCUCUUCCAGACCCUUAGGCGCCAAGAAUCUUCUUCUGUCAUAGAAAACUAUAAACUUUUUUAUUCUUUUUUUCUAGAUUUGAAUAACUUAUCCCUUAUGAAGACCGGGAAACAGAUUUUCAGCGGUUGAAGCCGUAUUGAACCUUAAUAACAACAACAACAACAACAGCUGCCAACAUGGCUAGUUGGGGAGGUGCUGAGGAAAGAGAAUUAGAUAGUCGCAACCAGCAAAGAUCACAUGCUCUUGCUGGAAAAGUAUCAUCAUUGCGAUCAAUUUGAUGCGAUAGGCCUGAGCGGCCUUGACAUGAGAGAAGGGGUCUGUUCACUCAGUGUGUGCCGUAUGAAAAAAUCAGGGACCCUGAGGUACUGCAUGGUAGCAUCAGUUAGUUUCAGCUCCAUCUUGGGUCAACAUCAUGGCAAACCCUCGUGAUUCACUAAUGCCUCGUCGUGUUAACACACUCUUACUCAAGGAAAGUGAUAUAGAACAUGAAUUUAGUGGACUUGAGACUGGUGUGACCACUAAUGAUCAAGGAAUUAGUGAAAAUAUUGACGAUAACCCAGAUGGCCUUCAGCCCAUCGCCUCUGAGGUGGCAAGUGGGGCCAUGCCAGACCCGCAGCCAAGUACCUCUGGGGUGGUCAGUAUGGCCACACCAGACCCUCGGCCAAGCACCUCUGGGGUGGCCAGUGUUACAACUCAGAGGCUACUACGCAAGAGGAAAUUAUCAUUUUCUGUCAUUUUUGGUGAAGAAGAGAGUGAAAGUGAUAUAAGUGAUGAUAAGAUUGAUUUUAUGCCCUUAGGGCUUAGAGGAUUCAUCAAGUGAUAGUGAUUUACAUUAUUCCCCAGUGAAGCAUACCUUUAGGCGGCGGCACCUACAUUCAGGCAGUGUACCACAUGCAAUUCCCAAGGAUCGUGGGAGGUCACGAUCGACAACCCCAGCCACUGAUAGUGAUAGUGAUCAUGAAGGAGAAUAUGCCGGGAUGGAAGAGGAGGAGGUGGUGGUGGUGGUGGUGGUGGGGGGUGGCAUGGUGCCUGGGCCGCAUCGCGCAGUGGAUGGGCAGAUAAAGGACUGCCCGCCACCCCAUCAACCAUGUGCUGCCUCCACUCCCAUCCCUCUUCCUGCUCCCCCAUGCCCCAUGCCACGGGUCCACCAUGCACCAUCUGACUGUGAAUGGAACUGGACACAAAGUACAACAUUCGUGCCACAUCCUUUCGAUUUUGAUGCCAGUGGAAGUGGCAUCCGGGCAAAAUGUCCCAUCACAAACGAGUCUACAGAGUUAGACUUUUUCCAAUUAUACUUUGACAAGCCAAUAAUGAACUUGAUUGUCACCCAGACAAACAAUUACUACUGCUAUAUAAUGGAUAACACAGAAGUUGCAGAAUCAUCACGGCUGCGCAGAUGGAAAGAUACAACUGUAGCCGAAAUGUAUUUAUUCCUUGGCACUGUCAUGCUUAUGCCUCAUACAUAUAAGCACAAUAUAGCAGAAUACUGGUCCACAGACUACUUUAUCAGUACUCCUGUCUUCCGUGACCUCCUUCCCUGCAACAGAUUCACUCUGUUGCUACAAAUGUUGCACUUCUCAGACAGGAAUAGGCCCAACAAAAAUGACCUUCUAUACAAAAUCCGGGAAGUGUUUAUGUAUCUGAAGCAGAAAUUCAAUGCCUACUUUUAUCCAUUCAAGAACAUUGUUGUUGACGAGUCCUUGAUUCUGUUCAAGGGACGACUGUCAUUCAAACAAUACAUACUGAGCAAACGUAAUCGCUUUGGUAUAAAACUGUUUGUUAUGUGUGACUGUGAGAGUGGCAUAGUGUUGGAUGUCAUUGUCUACACCAGGAGAAACACACUCAACGACAGGCGGGUGUUGGGCAUUUCUGGUGAUGUUGUUCGCAAGAGGAUGGGGCCAUACCUUGGCAAGGUUCAUACCUUGUUCACAGACAACUGGUAUACAAGCCCUAUGUUCGCUGAUUUCCUACGUGUGAACAAAACUGAUAUAUGUGGAAAAGUGAGAAGAAAUAGAAAACAUAUGCCAAGGUUCAGUGGAGGCAGUGUUGAAGGUGCAGUGCAAGUGUUUCAUGCCAAUGACAUCAUGGCACUGACGUGGCAUGACAAACGGGACGUGACAUUGCUGUCAACCAUCCACAGAAAACGAAAUGGUACAAACAGGCAAAGUGAACAGGGACACCAAUGAACGCAUUGUAAAGCCAGCUGCUGUCAUCGACUAUACGAACAAUAUGCGACUAGUCAACAAGUGCGACAUGAUGAUAGGGUUUAUUGACUGUGUGCAUAGGAGUCACAAGUGGUACAUAAAAGUGUUUUUUCACCUUGUAGACAUUGCAAUGCUCAAUGCUUUCAAUAUGUAUGAAAUAAAGACUGGAUAACAGCUUUGUUAUGAAGAAUUCACCCUGAAUGUCAUCAAGCAGAUAGCAAAAAAGUAUGGUACCACACCUGUACCUGCCCCUCAAUGGCGACCUGUCCCCCCAACCAUAACCAAUGGGAGAAGUGCCAGACCGAAUCCUCGCUAACUGUCACUACCUGAUACCAGUACCGUCUACCCCAAAAAA